GAAUACUUCUCGUGGUGGGAUGUUUAUUUUCUCAAGGUCUUGAAGCAGAAUUAUGUUUAUCCACCCUUCUCUUUUUUCACUCACCAUAAGCCGUAUCUAAAUAUCAGUUUAGGGGAAAUUAUGCGUUGUCUUUACCAUUCGCGAAUUAGGGUGGCGAAUCCGGUGGUUGAUCUAGAUGGGGAUGAAAUGGCUCGGAUAAUUUGGGAAAAAAUUAAAUCCACUCUCAUACUUCCAUACGUCGAUGUUGAGUGCAAAUAUUACGAUCUAGGUAUCACCAAUCGUGAUCAAACCAAUGAUCAAGUAACAAUUGAUGCUGCUCACGCCAUUAAGAAAUACAAUGUAGGGAUAAAGUGUGCUACUAUCACUCCUGAUGAACAACGCGUGAAAGAGUUUAACUUGAAAAAAAUGUGGUUGUCUCCGAAUGGGACUAUUCGUAAUUUCCUUGGUGGAACAGUUUUCCGCGAACCCAUUGUAUGUAAAAAUGUUCCUCGGCUUGUCCCUGGAUGGGUUAAACCUAUCGCUAUUGGACGUCACGCACACGGAGAUCAAUACAAAGCAACAGAUGUGAUCAUCAAAGAGGAAGGAGUUAUGGAACUUGUUUUCAAAGCAAAAUCAAGCGGGUCAGAAGUACGCAAUAAAGUGUUUGAAUUCAGUGGAGGCGGAGUAUGCCUUGCUAUGUACAAUACUGAUGAAAGCAUUCAUCGUUUCGCACACAGCUGUUUUAAAUAUGCUUUGAAUAAAAAUUGGCCUUUGUAUUUGAGCACUAAGAAUACAAUCUUGAAACAAUACGAUGGCAGAUUCAAAGAUAUCUUCCAAGAGAUAUAUGAAAAAGACUAUCAAGAUGAGUUUGAAGCGACUAACAUUUGGUAUGAGCACAGAUUGAUUGAUGAUAUGGUGGCACAGGCAAUUAAAUCAGAUGGUGGUUUUGUUUGGGCGUGUAAAAAUUAUGACGGUGACGUUCAAAGUGAUAUUAUCGCUCAAGGAUAUGGAUCAUUGGGUCUUAUGACUUCUGUACUAAUGUGCCCUGAUGGAAAAAGUAUUGAAGCUGAAGCAGCCCAUGGAACGGUUACACGGCACUAUAGAGAACAUCAAAAGGGUAAUCCAACUAGUACCAAUCCAAUCGCCAGUAUAUUUGCAUGGACUAGAGGUCUUGAACAUAGAGGGAAACUUGAUAGAAAUCCUCAACUAAUCAGAUUCAGUCACAAGUUGGAGAAAGCAUGUGUAGACACUGUGGAGUCAGGUAGAAUGACUAAAGACCUUGCUAUUUGUAUUCAUGGAGCUAAAGAUGUGAAACCGAUUCACUAUAUGACUACUAUGGACUUUCUAGAUGCAGUUGUUGACCGACUUAAUGAAAUGCCUUAGUGGGAUAAAAGUGUCUUUAGAAUAUUUUCAAUGUCUCUACAGAAAUAUGUAUUUUUCAUUCUAUUGAACAGUGUAUGUAUAUGUCAGUGAAAAAUAACUUUCUUUAGACAAACUCAAUUAACCUCCAUUGCUUUUUUUCGGAGUACUCUUUAUUGAUUCUGGUAUCUUGUAUUACUGUAAUAAAUGUGUUUUCAAGUAA